AUGGCGAUUCCAUUCGACCAGCAGUUCUUCGCCGAGAAGGACCGCAACAACAAAUACGAAUGGCUAGUAUUCAUUCUAACCCUAGUGAUGCUCGCGCUCCACGGCAUCCUAUUCCACCACAUCCCCAAAUACUUGCGCUCGAAACGCGACCCCAGCUCCUUGCUGCAUAUCAAGUACUUCAAAUUCAUCAAGAGAUGGGACGAAGUGACAAGUUGUUGCAAGUUCACCAUUUACAAAGAGUGGCAUUUCUACUACCAGCCGAGCCUCAUCAUCUUUUGCGUCGUCUACGUCGGCAUGUGCGUCGGGUUGUGCUUUGCCCAGAUCGGGGAGAUUGAUUACCAGGGGUUCAUGUAUGCCAUCUCAAAGAGAAUCGGGCGGAUCGCAGUGGGGAACAUGCCGAUAUUGUUAUGGUCUGUCGCGCGCAACGAUUGGAUCACUACGAUCUCGGGGUUCCAGUUUGAUCGGUUGGAGUUCUUGCACAAGUGGUUGAGCAGAUUGAUGUGGGUCAUGGUGCUGGUGCACUUGUCGUUGGGGUCGUACUACUGGCUCGCGAUGAACUUUCGAAUCAUGAUCAUGAUCCCGCCGCAGAUCUUUGGGUUCAUGGCGUAUGGCGCGUUGUUCAUCUUGACGUGGUCGAGCACCAAGUUUAUCAGGACGUGGGCUUAUGAUUUCUGGUUGAUACAGCACCGGGUGUUUGCAUUCAUCAUGCUCUUCAUGUCCUUCAUCCAUAACCCCGGUGCCCGCGCUGCGGUCUUGGUCGGUGUCAUUGGGCUUGCUUUCGAUCGCGUCGUUUCCAAGAUCUUGGCUUGGAUACACAAGAAAUACUCGCCAACACAAGGCAGAUGCAACUUUGAGAUCCUCGAUGAAGGCACCGUGCUCAUGACCAUCCCCGUCAAGACCAGCGAGUACGAAGCUAAGAAAUGGUUCAACAAGUACUUGUGUUACAAAAACUGGAAAGCAGGGCAACACAUCUACAUCAAUGUCCCCAAGAUCAAGUGGCUCCAGUACCACCCCUUCACCAUUGCCUCGCUUAGUUCCUCGAACGAGAUGAAAAUCUUGAUCCGGGUCCAAAAGGGCUUCACCAAAAACCUCAUGAGGUACUUGCAAGAAAUCGACCACAGCGAGCACGAGGACGAAGUAGUCAACAUCGAAGCCAUGUUCAGUGGCCCUUAUGGCGCGGUCCACCAGCCCUUCAUCUCGUUUGACUCGUGCGUCUUCUUGGGCGCAGGUUCAGGGGCCGCCUUUACCUUCCCCGCGUGUUUGGACUUGUUGCGGCAGAUUGAACAGCGAGAUGCGGCCCAGGACUACAUGUUCCGACCACUCAGUCCCAAGAUCAGAUUCGUGUGGACCAUCAAGCACCGCAGGAACAUAGUCUGGUUCAAGUACAUCUUGGAUGAGAUGAUCCCUUACGCGCUGCAAGGUAAAGUAAUCAUCGACAUCUACAUCACCCAGGAAUACCAAAUCCAAACUGAUGGUGAAUUAUUUGACCACGCGUCAACCAAGCUGAAGCUUCUCCAGGACUCAGAGUACAAUCUCCAGAUAGUCGAAAAAUCGCCAUCGAGCCUGGACUCGAGCACGUCAAAUCUGCUCCCGCCGCUGAACCUCACCAAGAACACCUCCUCGGCCAACAUCACCGAGCCCAGCCGCAGCCCCAGGAGAAACCCCGAUUUACUGAACGAGAAGUACAAUGUGUUUAGUGGUCGCCCCGACAUUGCUCAAAUUUUACAAGGGCACGCGUCUGAGCUCAUUAACCACGACGUAACCUCUAGCCACAGAUCGCUUGCUGUUGCAUCUUGUGGACCGCCCAAGUUUGCCAAUAUGGUCAAGGAGCAAUGCCAGGUUGCGAGAAGGAUGAAGAACUCGCCCGAUGUCUAUUGCUAUACUGAGUCGUUCUAA